UGGAACAUUAUUAUACUACAUACACUUAAGAAAAGUAUAUAUAAAAAAAAAAAACCGCAAACCGGUCUUCAUCAUCCAAUAAUCUACAAAUCUACAUACACGUAUAUAUAUAUGUAUUUUGUAAGACGUGUACGAAAAAAAAGUCAAAUAAUUUAUUCGCAGAAAAAAGGGGAGAUACUUAAUUUUUUUUAAAUGUCAAGUUCAAGGUAUUUCGCACGAACCCGCGCCAAAACGUCGGUAUAUAUACCUCGUCGGGAUGUUCAUUUUGUAUCAGUUGCGGUGUCUUCAGUCCACAUCUAAACAUAUCCCGACAACUUUCUGAUCGCCGGUACACGUCCGAAAAAAUCACCAUCAUGAACACCCUGGUAAGCGAACGAACGGCGUUAAUUUUAAAACAGUUUUAUAUUUCAGUUACUUAAGCAGUAAUUUUUCGUAUAGAACACUAUCGUCUCAUUUUCGAUAUAUUAUGAAAUAAUAUAAAAUGUUUAAGUUCAAAAAAAAAAAAAAAAAAAAAUAUAAUAUAAUCUUAUUUACUUUAAUAAUUUAAAAAACGUUUCAAACAGUCUCAAAACGAACCGAUAAUACUAAUAUUUUUUUUUAUAAUUUUUACAUUUUUUUGUUUUUACCCAUUUUUAAUCCAUAGUUAUAAUAUUACAGCAUAUAAAAUAAACAAUGUUCAAAUAAAACAUUUACUUAACUACAACUAUCUCCAAUUGUAUUUUUCAAAAACGAAACUAAUAAAUUAUCGUUUAAAUUUCGAACGAACAAAUAAUAUAAAACGUAUAACAAUUUCCCAAUUUAAAUUUUGUAAAAAAUAAAAAAUCCCACAAGUAUUAAACUGAUUUUAUGCACAUUUUCAAUAAUAUUUCGUUUAUUAUAUUUACAGGUAGUUUUGGUAGCUGUUAUCGCAGUGGCGUCUGCGGCCACACCCGCGCCAAAGGAAGCCGCCAAGGCUUUUCCUUUCAGCAGCGAAUUCUUACCGUCUAACCAAGCUUACUACCCCGGAUACCAAGGUUUCUACCCAGGAUACCAAGGUUACCAAGGUUACCAAGGUUACAACGCAGGGUUCCGUGGUAGCUACUACCCGGGAUACCAAGCCGGUUACCAAGGUUACUACCCAGGAUACCAAGCCGGUUACCAAGGUUACUACCCUGGAUACCAAGGCUACCAAGGUUUCAACCGUGGUUACUACCCAGGCGCCCCAGCCGUGUCCGCGGCCUUCCCAGCCCCAGCUGUCACUCCAGCUCCGAUCAUAGCCCCCGUCGCACCGAUCGUACCCAAGGUCGUCGCCGCUCCAGUGUACAAGGCCGUAGACAACAAAUUGCCAGCUAUCGUUAGGCAAUCACAGGAAGUCAGCCUUGACGGAAACUUCAAAUACGGGUUAGUAAAAAACACUAUACAACCCGCCUAUACGUAGAACUUCACAGGAUACAAAAUAUUUUAUUGCAUUGUAGACUGUGAACGAAUUUUCGAGUUAACCUAUAUGAAUUGUAUUUUUAGAUUCGAAACCGAAAACGGUAUUGUCGCCCAAGCCGCCGGAUACGUAAAGAACGCCGGUUCCGACGCCGCAGCCCAAGUCAUCGAAGGUUCGUACGCUUACACCGGUGAAGACGGUGCACCGGUUGAGGUUAAGUACUAUGCCGACGAGACCGGUUACCAUGCAGUCGGUAACGUUGUCCCGACCACCCCCCCAGAAAUCGCCAAAGCUUUGGAAUUGAUCGCUUCUCAACCUCAGAAACCAGAAGAAAAGAAAUAGACUAUCCAACGUUUGUUUGAUAUGGCCCAUCGCACCACACUUGUAUACCAUAAGUUAUUAAAUAACUUUUUUUUUUGUAUGUAAAAAUAUGAGCAAUAUGCUUAUGCAUACAUACUUUACCAUUGCAAAUAUACCUACCUACAAUUGUAUUUUCACAAUAGAUUUACUUGUUCACUUUUACGAACAAGUGCAUUAUCUGUUGUACAAAAUAUAAUUCAGUUAUGUUGGAUGUAACAAAAAAAUAAAAAAAAAAUUUGGAAUUUAAUUUUUUGUUUUAUUAUUUUUAUAC